AUGCGCUUGCCGGUGCAGGGCGCGGAGGAGACGGGCGCGUCGUGGGGGCGGUGCAGCUGCCGGCAGCCGGGGCAGCGCUGCGGCCGCGACAGCACCAGCACCAGCGACGACCGCACCAGCGCGUCCAGCCGGCGCACGAACGACGCCACGGCGCGCCACACCGAAGGCCGGCACCUGGCGCGCCGCUUGGCGGCCGGCGGCGGUGGCGGCGCCCGGAGGCACUCGGCUGGGGGCCGCGGCUUGUCGGCCGCGGCGGGCCGGUGGAACGCGGAGCCGUUCUGGGCGGGCGUCGCCGGCGGCGGCGCCUCUUCCGCCUGCGGCAGGUGUCGGCGGCGGCGCUGCGGCUGCCCGGGCGCAUUGGCCGCCGACGCCGGCGGAGCGGCGGGGUUCCGCGCGUCGCGCAGCAGCAGGCAGGCGGCCAGGUCGGCGCGGCCCACGACGCCCGCCACCGCUUCCGAGUGCACGGGGUGCGCGGCGAAGAGCGCGGCGGCGACGGCGGCCGGCAGGCGCGACCCGGCGGCGACGCCGGCGAAGAGGCGGCGCGCGAGGCGGGCCACCAGCGCCGUGUUGGCGGCGUGCAGCAGCACGUUGGCCAGGUGGAAGUGGAAGGGCCGCGCGCCGCCCGCCAGCGCGUGCGACAGCCGGAACGAGAGCACCGUGAGCGGUCGGUAG